UUUGAUAUGGAUUUUUUUCGCGCCGGCGCGAAUGGUGAAACGUGCGUUUGUAGAGUUUUUCGUAGAGCUUAGCAUUUUUCGUUAAAUCAAAGCAUGAAUUUGUGCAACAUAUAAUAAAAAUAAGGUGUAUGAUUGGAGUUUUAUCUUUAUCAAUUAAACCAAAUACGGCUUCUAUAAUGCUAUUGUGCGUUCCAUUAUUCUAAGGAUUGUUAAUAAAAAUGUUAUAGAAGAAUAAAUUUAGAAUUUAUUACAUAUCGAUUGAAUUUCAAAAUAAAAUGGGAUCAUCUAUCGUCCUUAAAAGUUUAUCUAUUCUUUUGGGCAUUUUUUUUAUUUUCGUUGGCAUAACCAAACUGACGCCUUUCAUAUCGAAGGAAUUGCAUAAAGAUUUGAGAAAAGAAUAUGUAAGGUAUGCCAAAGUUUUCCCAUUAACGACAAUGUUGGAUUUCAAAGUACCAUCUAAGUGGUAUCGGAGGAGUGUCGGCGGGUUGGAAAUUCUGUUUGGACUGGCGCUUGCUAUUAUACCUAGUCAUAAAGUAAAGAACAUUGCCAACGUGGGCCUGGUGCUACUGAUGAUCCUGGCCGCAUACUCGCACUUGAUGGUCGGCGACCCCUUCGACCGGUGCGCUCCGGCUCUGGUGUUCUUCUUCAUGCUCUCCGGACGUCUCGUGGUUUGGUAUCAGACAAGUCGACGGGAGGAAUUGGAAAAGGCAGCUGCGACUCAGAACGGAAACGGUCUUAAGAAGGACUAAAGGAAUGCAGUACGAUGUUUGGUAGUUUUCUUUCACAUUUCUCGAACAUUCAUAAAUAAAUAAAUGUUUAGCUGGAUAAGCUGUUUUUGAAGUUAUUUUAUGUAAAUACGUAAGAUAGCUUCAACUGUGUAAAUUUUAUCAUACUGUGAUUUUUUUAAGUUUGAAAAUGGAACUCUCCUCGUUUAGUUUUGCUUUUACACUUGCAUUAUUUAAAGUAUUUGGCACGCGCAAAAAAAAAACUUCUACAAAUUUAUUGCUAAGUUUCAGACGUCAUAGAAAUCGUACCUAAAAGUGAUAUUAAUUUAAGCGGUAUUAUUAACUAAGUUCAUUUUGUGUGAGUGUGUGCGUAGAAUGUUUGUACACGUAAGUUCUACAUAAAUUAGCACGUAGGUCCUCAUUACUGCCACUUUAUGGUAGACAUAGCGUUAUGAAAUUAUUCACAUUGUAUUGAAUAUUGAAGAUGAGUUUUGCUCAAAUGUAAGAGA